AUGUUUUCCCGACGUCUCGUGCGAGUAGCAACGGUAGGAGCUCCGCGUUCGCUUCGAGCGUUCAGCUCCACCGCUGCUAGCCAGCGUACGCCGACACUGGCCGACAUUACACCCGAGGGUGUCGACUCGUUCAACUCGAAGCAGAAGGAGUUCCGUGAGCAGUUGGUCAAAGCACAUCAGGAGCGCGAAGCAAGUAGGUUCACUAAAAAUUCUUCUUCUACUAAUGAUUCUUCGUCUGCUGCCCGAGAAACCCAGGGCUUGGGCUCAUUAAGCACCCAUACAGGAAAGCGAGCGGAGGUGUCAACUAAGGAACCCGAGCGACCUGAUAAUCUUCUAUCCAGGGUUAUCUACGGAACAAAAGAGGGACGCGAAUUGGAUGCUCAACUCGAAGCCAGCUUCUCCGCGGUUUUGGCUCGUGGCAAGUACGUUCACUCGAUCGUGUUCCACGAGGUGCAGCCGGACAAGGUGGAUGAGUAUGUUCAGCUGGUCGGCCAAUGGUAUCCGCGCAUGGCUUCCUUGGAGGAUAAUAAGGUUCAUCUCGUUGGAAGCUGGCGAACCGAGGUGGGAGAUUGUGAUACAUUCGUCCACAUCUGGGAAUACCAGCGUUACCAAGGAUACCACCAGUCUCUAAACUCCAUCUCCCGCCACCCCGACUUCGCCGAAUUCGACAAAAAGCUCAAGACGCUUAUCAAGUCUAAGAAUACGUCGAUUAUGCAGGAAUUCUCGUUCUGGCCGACCACUGCACCACGCCAAUUGGGCGGUUUAUUCGAGUUACGUUCGUACACUCUUCACCCUGGAAACUUGCUAGAGUGGGAAACCCACUGGCGACGAGGCUUAAAGGCGCGAAGACAAGUUAUGGAAGGUGUGGGUGCUUGGUUCGUACAGAUCGGUGAUCUAAACACAGUCCACCAUCUUUGGCAGUUUGCAAACCUCGAGGAACGUAAAGUUCGACGAGAGGAGAGCUGGAAGCAAGAAGGCUGGGCCGAGACGGUCCACAAGACUGUUCCUCUAAUCCAGUCUAUGAAGUCGAGGAUUCUUGUCCCGCUGCCAUGGUCACCCGUGGCGUAA